UCUCCACCAUCGGAGAUCCUCAUUGUGUCUGCGUUUUGCCAGGUGGACGCACUCCCCACAGUCACCAUUUCCACCCCGGAGGGUUCCACGCUGGCAGCGCAGCCCCUUCCCCGGCUGAGCAUCGGGCGGAAGACCCUGGUGGCAGCUGCUGUGGGGGUCAUGCUGGUCCUGGUUCUGGUGGUCCUCAUCCCUGUUCUGGUCAGCUCUGUUGGCACAGGUGGGAUAGAUGACAGCGCGAGCCACUACGAGAUGCUGGGUACCUGCCGCAUGGUGUGUGACCCCUUCCCCAGCACGGGUGCGACAGACACAGGUGCACACGCUGGGACAGAUACAUCAACCACAGGCCUACAGGUGGACAACAAUGCGGACCUGAGUGAUCACAGCAUCGGUCCACCGCUGCCUACUUACAGCGCUCAUGGCCCACAAGGCAAACCAGGACGUCCUGGCAAGCCUGGACCCCCAGGACCACCUGGAGAGCCAGGCCCACCGGGACCCAAGGGGCCACCAGGGGAUGGUGUGGACAUUGUACGUACAGGGAUUCUAGGAUUAGGGGGUAUAGGGGCAGUUAGUACAACCACAUACAACACCACGCCUCGGGUGGCAUUUUAUGCAGGACUACGAAACCCUCAAGAAGGUUACGAUAUUCUACGAUUUGACGACGUAGUGACUAACAUUGGUGGUAACUAUGAAGGCGCAACGGGCAAGUUCACCUGUAAGAUUCCUGGCACCUACUUUUUCAUCUACAACGUGCUGAUGAGGGGAGGAGAUGGCACCAGCAUGUGGGCUGACCUGAUCAAGAAUGGUCUGGUGGGUAACACUUUUAACUCUUCAGACAUCUUCUCAAAACACUUCCUACUGUUUAAUAAUUAA